AUGAAUUUUACCGCCAAACUCCUACCUGGAUGCAGACACACGACGGACCUUACAUUCACCCCCAUUCAGGUCACGUUCCGCGUUUUCGUUCUACCAUGCACUUGCUUGUUUGGUAUCUUCGCAAAUCUCUGCAACGUGUAUGUCUUCACCAACAAAAAGGUAGGGGUUUUGUCGUUACUAUUGUACUUUACUACGUAUUGAGUUGACGUAUGUGUGUGGGGAAAUUUGGUUUUGAUAUUGUAGGAAGGGAUAUAUAUAGAGAUAGGGUGGGGGUACGGUAGCGUCUGGGGUAGGUCUUAGAGAUAGGAAGGUGAGGUAGGGUACUGUAGGAUAAGGUAGAGUACUGUAAGAUAAAGUAGGGUAAUGUAGGGUGGAGUAGGGUAAAAUACGUAAUACCUACACAAAAUGCAAAAAAGAAGAAAUGCACUUUUAAUUUGCUGUAUCUACUUAAGUAAUGUAUGUUAAUAAAAGCUCAUACUACAGUGCACUUCAGUAAUUGUAUUAAUAGAAAAACAGCUGUUUGAAGUACCUAAAAAAGCAUUUGCAACGUAAUUAAUAAGUGCAUGAAAACAUUGUUUCAUAAUUUAAAAAAUCGAUAUAGUCUGUGACAUUUCGUUCAUUUUUCCAAUAUUUUUUUGACAUUUGGUGAAAGUAGUAAAAUUGAAAUUAAAAUAAUUUAUAUUGAGUAUAAAGUUCGGUUUUUAAUACUUAAAACUUUGUUAUUUUACUUUUUUAAAUUUAAAAAUUAUUUUUGAAUUUUCAAUUUGGCGCCAUUUUUGGCAUUACGUUUUUUAUUGAAAUUACAGUACUUCUAAGCUUAAAAAAGGAAUAUAUAAUAAUGUGAAAUUUAUUUGUUUUUAAUUUUAUAAUAAUUUUAAAAAUUUUUUUUGAAUUUUUAAUUUGGCGCCAUUUUUGGCAUUCUGUUCAAACUUCAAAAUUUUAAACUUCCCAUAUUAAAAUCAUAAAAGGAACCUAAAUUUUGCCAUUUCCAACAAUUUUUUUAUCUAUUUUUUCUAAUUCCAUGGACCAAUCGUACAAUAAUAUUGUUGUUUAGAUGCGAAGCCAUCUGGUGAACUAUUUCCUAUUGUGUCUGGCGAUAACUGACGCCAUCGUUCUAUUCACAUCGUUCUUUGUGUUCUGUUUCCCGGUAAUUGCGGAAUAUACGGAAAACGAGGAUCUGGUCGGGUUCGCACCUACAGCGUUGAGCAUCUUCUACCCGCUGGCACAUACGGCACACACGUACUCGGUGUACUUGACCACGUUGGUGUCGGUGCAUAGGUACCUUGGAGUGUGUCAUCCGUUUUUGGUAAGUUUUUUGGUAUUGUAGUACAAAGUAAAAGGCAGUAAAAGUAAUUUUUCCCAAUUUCUUGCACUUUUCAUAAAAUAAAAUUUGAAUUUUCAAAUUCCCGCCAAAUCUUGGCAUUGUGUUUUAACGUAAAAUCUUGGUUGAAUAUUAUCAAAAAUAUCAUUUUGUGGCCAAACAUGACCUAUUUUUUUAAUUUUCAUUGUUGUAAUUUGCUUAAAUCUUCGAAAUUUGAAUAUCUAGAGCAUUUUUUGUAAAGACGUCGUAUUUUACCACAAAAUUUUAGGUACGCCGCCUCAGUAACAAAAGCGUAGUACUCAAAAUAAUAUUUGCUUCAUUCGUGGGGAGUGUGGCUUUUAAUAUACCUCGAUGGAUGGAGCUUAUUGCCAUACCAUGUUUAAGUGAAGUCUGGAAACGGUAAGUUAUCAUGGAUAAUAUCGGAUUUAACCAGUUUUGGGGCAAAAAAUGUUAUUUUUAAUCGAUAAGUAGCAUAAAAAUAGUUUGAAAUGUGCUUUUACUAGCAUUUCAAUCAUUUUUAAGCCUUGAAACAUUAUGCCAAGAAAAAAUAUUUUUGGCGCGAAAAACAAAAUUCAAAUUUUUGAAACCCUGUUUUGGGAACGUCAAUGUCAUAAAUGACAAAGGAGAUCAAAAUUAUGCUAAGACAACCAUUUCUAACCCAAAAAUCUUUUAGACCAAGUGUAAUGAUAGCACCGACCAACUUUAUGUUAGGCCGAACAUAUACCAUCGUCUACCGCAACGUCCUCUACACCCUGAUAAUGUUCGCGGUGCCAUUCACCGUUCUAACCUGGGUGAAUUGUCGUAUUGUGGCAGCGUUGAAGUUGUCAAAAAUUAUCCGAAAGAAAAUGACACAAACUUUGACGGACGAGCCGAGUAGGUCGUUGUCAUUUACCAUGCGGCCGCUACAGACACCUACACAGGAGAAUAGCUCUAGGGCUAGCACGAAGAGCAACAAGGACAUUAGAAAAGGUAGGUUUUUGCAUUUUUUGAGCACUACUUUAACGCAAAAAGUACUUUUUUGAAUUUUGGAAUUUUGACGAAGUGUCACAAAAAUCAUUGGAAAAGUGGACGAAAUGUCACAAUUUUAAAAACUUCAAAAUUAUUGAAAACACUGAUAAAAAUUGUUGUAAAACUUGGUUUUACAAUAAGUUUAACAGUGUAUCACAUUUUUUGGAUUUUGACGAAAUGCCACAAAAAUUAUUGUAAAAAUGGACGAAAUGUCAAAAUUCAUUACUUUCAUAAAAUCUUCAAAAUCAACAAAAAUGACAAAACUAACCUAAAUUAACCAUUUCUAUCUUUCAGAACGCAAAGAAACCUCAAUAACGAUCAUGUUGGUAGCAAUGGUGACAGGCUUUAUCUACUUCAACAUGCUGGCCUUUAUCAACAAUUUGUUCGAGCUGUUUGGUAUUGACGCGGUUAUGACCGAUUACUAUACUAUGAUGGUUGAGGGAAGUACGUUUUUGGUGUGCAUUAAUGGAGCCUCAACUAUCGUUAUCUACAUUUUGUUCAGCAGUAAAUAUCGACUGAUUCUUUAUAAGGUGAGUUUUGACAUUUCGUCAUAUUAUGGCAAUAUGCAAAUUUUUGAGCAUUUUUAUGUUUAAAAAAGGCUUUUUGAGCGUUUUUAAAAUCUACUUUUGUUGUUUUUUACAAUUUUGAAAAUUUUUUAAAAUGUGACAUUUCGUCCACUUUUCCAAUUAUUUUUGUGACAUUUCGUCAAACACUUAAAAAUGAUUUUUGUGGACAUUUUAAACAAUAUUUUGUCAAUUUUUACAAUUUUCGAUACUAUUAGAAAUGUGACAUUGCGUCCACUUUUCCAAUAAUUUUUGUGACGUUUCGUCACAAUCCCGAAAAUGCAUAACAGACGAUUGAAACACCAAAACAUGACUUCUUAAAUGUUAAUUUUUUGAAAAUGUUUUAAAAACCGUGUCAGUUUAAUUAAAAAUGACAUUUCUCGCUUUUUUCUCCGAUAAUCUCUGUGGCAUUUUGCCGAAAAUGCAUAAAGGAAGUAGAAUUACACUAAUAUACAACUGCAAAAGCGUAUUAUUCACACAGUUUGGAGGACUAAUUGUAGUUUUUUUCAGGCCAUCAUGGAGUCGUGUAAUCUACAUAUAAUCAAAGGAUUAUGUUGUAAAAGUCAAGAUGAUUACCGUAAUGGGGCCAGUCUAAUCAGACCGAGGAACAAAUGCUAUCAGCCACGGUUCUUUGAUAAUAACAACAACAACAACAAAAUGUCGUUGAGGUGA